AUGAGCAAGAAUUACCAAAGUGUUCCUCAAGAGGAACCCAUGGAGGGUGGCACAGGCCCUACUCAGGCUCCUCCAGCCUACACAGAAGUAAAUGACUCGGCUACUCCAAAUCCUACCCCGGAUCAAUUCAAGGAUACAAGAACGGUGGCUGAAUGUGGCCGAACGGUUCGAAUGGCAUUCUUGAGAAAGGUAUAUGCAAUUCUGAGUGCUCAACUCUUUGUAACUGCAUUAUUUGGUGGUAUCUUUUAUCUUGAACCGACAUUGUCCCUAUGGGUAAAAAGUCACCCUUGGUUUUUACUCGUCAAUUUCUUUGUGUCUUUGGGUGUCCUUUUCGGUCUUAUUUUGAAGCCUUAUACGUAUCCUAGAAACUACAUUCUGUUAUUUCUAUUUACGGCUUUAGAAGGCCUUACAUUAGGCACUGCCAUCUCCUUUUUCUCAUCUCGCAUCAUUUUGGAAGCUGUAUUUAUUACUCUUGGAAUCUUUAUCGCCCUUACGGCUUUCACCUUUCAAUCCAAGUAUGACUUUAGUCGUCUAGGAGGCUUUCUAUACAUCUCGUUAUGGAUGCUCGUCUUGACCCCCCUGCUUUUUAUCUUCAUGCCUUCCAUGCCAUUAGCUGAAUUGGCUUUUGCUGGUUUCGGCACGCUUGUAUUCUGCGGCUACAUCUUAUAUGAUACUUACAAUAUCCUUCAUCGAUAUUCUGCUGAAGAAUUUAUUAUGUCCAGCUUGAUGUUAUACCUUGACUUUAUCAACUUGUUUGUUCGUGUUUUGCAGAUCGUUGGCAUGCUCCAAGAUGAUGAUCACUAAAAAAAAAAAAAAAAAAACACUACUA